GGGUCUGACACCCAACUUAUGGGUCCCACCCCCACCCUAUGGGUCUGACUCUCAACCUAUGGGUCUUAAUGCCCCACUUAUGGGUCUGACUCUCAACUUAUGGGUCCCACCCCCACCCUAUGGGUCUGACUCUCCACUUAUGGGUCUGAAUCUCCACUUAUGGGUCCCACCCCCACCCUAUGGGUCUGAUGCUCCACCUAUGGGUCCCAAUGCUCCACUUAUGGGUCUGACUCCCAACUUAUGGGUCCCACCCCCACCCUAUGGGUCUGACCCUCAACCUAUGGGUCCCAAUGCUCCACUUAUGGGUCUGACUCCCAACUUAUGGGUCCCACCCCCACCCUAUGGGUCUGACUCUCAACUUAUGGGUCUGAAUCUCCACUUACGGGUCCCAAUGCUCCACUUAUGGGUCUGACACCCAACUUAUGGGUCCCACCCCCACCCUAUGGGUCUGACCCUCAACCUAUGGGUCCCAAUGCUCCACUUAUGGGUCUGACGCCCAACUUGUGGGUCCCACCCCCACCGUACGGCUCUGACGCCGCCGUUCUCCCCACAGACGGCCGGACGCUGUGGCGGGAGGUUCGAGGCUGCGCCCGGGACCCGGACUGCACGCAGGUUUUUCGAGGCGACGGCGCCGUGGGGCUGCGGGGUUCGUGUUGCCACGGCGAUUUUUGCAACCGGGAUCUGCGCAACAAAACCUUUUUCUCCCCCGAUUUGCCCCGCUUGGAGCUGCUGCCCCACAACCCCACGCCGCCGCCCCAUAGCACCAAGAUGGCGGCCACCGUUGGGUCCCAAACGGGAGCGGACGGCAACGAGACGGCGGCUUCCGGUCGCUCCGACGUGACGGCCGCCGUAGCUUCCGGUACGACGGCAGCCGUAGCUUCCGGCACGGCGGCCACCGUAGUUUCCGGCGUGGCGAAUCGUACGGAUUCCAAGAUGGCGGCCUCCGCGGAUCGCAAAGCGGCCGCCGACUCCGGCAAGAUGGCGGCGCCCGGCGGCUCCAAUGGGAAGAGGAGCGGGGCCGAGGUGGCCGCUCACGUGACCGCCGCCCUCCCCGGCGCGGCGGAUAUCCGCCCCGACGCGGGCAGCGAGCCCAAGAUGGCGGAUUCCCGUCCGGAUGUGGGCGAUGCCGGUUCCAACAUGGCCGCCGUCGACCCUGAAAGAUCACAUCCGGGGUCGGGGCGCCCCGGGGGUUCAUGGGAGCGGAAGUACGGGGUGAAGGAGGGGCCCAUAGGGGGCGGGGGCUGCGCCAUAGGGGGGGUGGGCUGGGUGCUGCCCCCCCUGCUGCUGCUGCUGCUCCUCCUGUGA